AGAAUUUGUUCGCUUCAUUGGACGGAUAAAUUGGGGAGCAGAAAAAAAAAGUUUUCCAUCCCAUUAGUGUAAAUUCUCAAAUGAAGUUGACCCUCAUCAUCGGGGUAUAUACUCUCCUUUCUGGCGGUCGUCGGUCGGUUGGCGGAAGGAAGGGUGGGAGGUCAACCGGGCUGCGAAUAGUUUUCCCAUAUAAUUAAGUUGUCCAGCUCGAUAAGAGUGCGUCUUCAUUAUCGGAAAGUUACCGAGUAGUAAAUUAGCAAUGAUUCACCACCAGCCAGCGAAAUACCACACGAAUCCUUUGACACAUUUUCUCAACUUACACAAUUCGCAUGCCACGGCGGCAGCAGCGGCCGCCGCUGCCGCAGCCGCAGCCGCCGCCUUGGACCAACAUCACCAGCAGCAGUUGCACCAGCAUCAUCAUCACCAUCAUCAAAAGCAUAGCAACGAAGAUUUGAAUCUGCUCAAUAAUAACACCAUAGGAGGCGAUGACGAUUGUGAUAAGAAUCCCGAUCUAGUAGGCGGAAAUAGUCUGGAUAUUGAGAAUACCGAUACCAACCAGAGCAGCGAUGCGGAAAAUAACAACAUCGACAUCAUCGAUGACGAUGAUGCCGACGAUGGGUGCGAUGAAGAGGCAAUCGAUACCGCCAGAAGCGACAAUCACACCCCCAGUACGACUCCGCUCGAUGCCGACGGGAUUGGAAAAUCCUUCACGAUAGCAGCCAUUUUAGGGCUUAAGAAGAAACAGGAAGCCGACGGCCAUGGCUUCAGCGAUGUUAUGAACCUAUCCUUGAACAAUCACAGUGACACGGCGUCGGCCUUUCAGCUGCGAAUUAGUAAAGAUUCCGAUUCCCUCACGGAUGUCCCAUCGAGUGUGGAAAACAGCCAAAACCAUCUUACACAUCACUUAUCGCAAUCUUCACCCAGCCUUGCGGCCCUCCAGACGCUGCACCACAUCCACGGAAGUGCCGGCGGGUUUUCUCCUCAUCAAUUUCACCAUCAGCAUCACACAGCCGGCGGUGGAAGUGCAAGUUCCGGUAGCAUCCCGAAUAGUACCAACAGCGGACUGCAGCAUCUUUCCGCGCAUCACCAGCAACAACAACAACAACAGCAACAUCCCGCCCAUCAAGGUCUGCCAUCGGGACAUCAUCUGGGGGGACAGCAGACGCCAUCGCAACAGUCGCAGCAAACAUCGCAACAUUUGACCAAUCACCACCACCCGCACCAUCACCAACACCAUCAUCACCCGCAUCACCAUCACUCGCACCAUCAUCCGCAUCAUCUGGCGAUGGCGGCGGCGGCGGCACACCAUCACCACGCGCAGAAUCAUCAUCGGGAUAAAUUUAAAGAUCUAGCCAAGAAAUCCUCUCUAUCAGCAUCGGCGGCCCUGAAAAGCAAACGCGUCCGAACGAUCUUCACUCCCGAACAGCUGGAACGUCUGGAGGCCGAAUUCGAACGCCAACAGUACAUGGUUGGUCCGGAGCGUCUCUAUCUGGCUCAUACCCUGCAACUCACCGAAGCACAGGUCAAAGUAUGGUUCCAGAAUCGAAGAAUCAAAUGGCGCAAACACCACUUGGAAAUCACCCAACAGCGGUUGGCAUUGAUACGGCAACGGCAGAUCUCCAGCGGCGUAGUGCCACCCCAAAUGGGGCUUUCGAACGCAGGUGGCGGAGACCAAGCGUCUCCACCGCCGCCAAACAGCAACCACAAUAUUGGAGCUCAAGCGGCAAUGAGCGGUGGACGCAUGGUACUUGGUCCGGGCAACAGUGGUGCCGAAUCACCGGAGUUGACCAUUUGUACGGACUCGCUCGAGGCCAGGAGUGUCAGCGAAAGUGAUGAGUAAAUGAGGAUACACAGCAUUGUAAUGUAAUACAGGGACUCUCGAGAGGUUAUAAGUUAGUGAUUCGUUAUAAUUUCUCGUUUUCGGUAGAGAUUUUCAAUGAUCGCAGUCACUUGUGUGAUUAUUUAUGUAGGGUUAUUUAUUUUGCUAUUUAAAUAAUAAGGUAGCAUUCGAAGGAACUCGAUUUGGUAGAAUCAAAAGAUAAUCACCUGUAUGUAA